AUGGCGGGCGGCGGCACCGCCGCGCGCGUACUGGCGCGCGCGCGCCACGGGGCGCGCGGCGCGGGGCGGGGGCGGCCGCUGGGCCCCGAGGAGACGCUGGGGCUGCUGGAGGCCUCCGUGGUGCACCAGGAAGGAGCCCUGCUGGCGCUGAGCAAGCCCCCUGGCCUGCCCGUCCUGGGGCACGCCGGGGAGCUGAGCCUGUCGGCGCUGCUGCCAGCACUGAGACGGCGCCUGGGCCUCCCCGCUGAGCUCCAGGUGGUGAAGGCUCCUGCCAGGGAGUGUUCUGGCCUUGUCCUCCUGUCCGGCUGCCGCCGCGUCACCGAGCAGCUCCAGCAGUUCUUCAGCAAUGCCCGCCGGAGGGGCCGGUACCCUGCCACGUACCGCGCUGUCACCGUGGGGGUCCCAGCAGAGGCAGAGGGCAAGAUCCGUGUCGGGCUGCGCUGGCAGCAGCAGGGUGACACUGCUACGGUGCUGCCGGUGCUGGCCCCGGGACGCCGCAGCCUGGCCAGGAAGGAGGUGAAGAACACCCUGACAUGCUACCGGGUGCUGGGUGCUGCGGGGGGCUGUGCCCUCCUCCAGCUCCAGCCCGGGACGGCCUUCCCGGAGCAGCUCCCGGUGCACUUGACGCUGCUGCUGUGCCCAGUCCUGGGUGACCACAAGUACUCGUCCCGCGUGGGCAGGGUGCUGGGGGUGCCCUUCCUCCUGCCCCCUGAAGCUGCCCCAGCCCGCACGCAGGUGCUGGAUGAGGAGCUGCUGUCCCGGCUGGGGCUCUCCCCGCAGCGGCUCCGCCACCUCCCGCUCCACCUCCACUUGCAGCAGCUGGUGCUGCCCCAGGGCCCGCUCUGCGCCCCCCUGCCCCCCUACUUCCUGCACACCCUGCGCUGCUUGGGGCUGCCCGAGCACCAGGAGCCUUAGCGCCCGCGGGGGGGACCCCCACCCCGACCCACUCCCCCCUCUGCCACCCCAUUAAAUCCCCACCUGCUGACCGCC